CUUCUUCUUCUUCGACUUCGAGCGAAGCUUCGAGAUCGAUCUCUCUUCUUCGUCUUCGUCUUCGUCUUCGUCUUCGUUCUUCUCUCCGAUCAUGAUCCCUAGCAAUGCUCUUCCUCUCCUCCUCGUUCUCCUCUCCAUCCUCAUCGUAUCCCUUCUCAAUCCCUCCCAUUCAUCCACCCUCCGCCUACCGAGCGAUCGGAGAGCAGCCCCGAACGCUGCGCAGUUCUUCGAUCCUACUCGCGUCAUCCAGCUCUCUUGGAUUCCCAGGGCGUUUUUGUACAAGAGGUUUCUUAGCAAUGAGGAAUGUGAUCACUUGAUAGCACUGGCUAAGGAUAAGCUGGAGAAGUCGAUGGUUGCGGACAAUGACUCUGGAAAGAGCAUUAUGAGUGAGGUCCGCACAAGCUCUGGCAUGUUCCUUGAGAAACGCCAGGAUGAAAUUGUUUCAAGAAUUGAAAGCCGGCUUGCUGCUUGGACCCUCCUUCCAGAAGAAAAUGGAGAAUCUAUCCAAAUACUACACUAUGAAAAUGGAGAAAAGUAUGAGCCACAUUUUGACUAUUUUCACGACAAAGCCAAUCAAGAACUCGGAGGUCAUCGAAUUGCCACAGUUUUGAUGUACCUAUCCAAUGUUUCAAAGGGUGGGGAGACCAUUUUUCCAAAUUCAGAGGGAAAACUUUCUCAACCAAAAGAUGAAACUUGGUCUGACUGCGCAAAAAAUGGCUAUGCAGUGAAACCCGCAAAGGGGGACGCAUUACUCUUUUUCAGCCUGCACCCUGAUGCAACGACAGAUACGAGCAGUUUGCACGGAAGUUGUCCGGUCAUAGAAGGUGAAAAGUGGUCAGCAACAAAAUGGAUCCAUGUUAGAUCCUUUGAAAAGAUUGAGAGGUCAAGUGAUACAUGUGCCGAUGAAAAUGAGCUUUGCGCACUCUGGGCAUCGGCCGGAGAGUGCGAAAAGAAUCCUAAUUACAUGGUUGGCUCCAAUGCUGCAGUUGGAUUUUGCAGGAAGAGCUGCAAUGCCUGUUCAUCUCAAGAGAUAAAAUAGUACACAAAGUCUUAGGGAUCAUAUGGUAAAUUUCUUGAAAACCUUUGGUAGCUAGAUGUAAAUUUCUAAGCAUUAGUUUGGUUCACUGUUUCAUUGUGAAAUAGGUAUCUAGGAAUGAAAUGAAAUGAGUGUUGUAAUGUGAUGUAAUUUGUCUAGUUUAGCGAAACAUCAACAGCAUCAAAAUAAAAGAGAUCAUGCAUGUCAGAACA